AUUGCUUAAUUUACGAAUUUCAUACUAAUUAAAAAAGCAUAGCAGAAUGAGGGGGGUACUAAAAAGAACUAUAAAUAUGUAAAUUGUGAUUAUUAAUUCGAAUGCAACAGAAUUAUAUGUGAUUCAUAAAAUAUUGUAUUAAAUCAAAGAUAUAAUUUAUUAUUACAUGAGUGCCUCUGAGAAUGUGAGAUAUAUUAAGAUUUAGAAAAUAGGAGAAGGUGCCUAUGGAAUCAUUUACAAAGCGCAAGAUGUCCAGACUGAAGAAAUAGUGGCACUGAAGAAAUUCAAGCUAAGUGAUAAUGAAGGUGUUCCCAGCUGCGCUCUUAGGGAAAUCUCUAUUUUAAAUUAACUCAAUCAUCCAAAUAUAAUAAAGUUGAUAUCUUAAAUAAUUAUAAAUAAGAAACUUCAUUUGGUUAUGAACUAUUACGAUAUGGAUUUGACAGAGUAUUUGAAAUUUAAUCAUGAGGAAUCUCACCUCAAAAAUAUAAUUUAUAAGAUACUAUUGGCUGUGGAGUUCAUUCAUAAUAGAAAAAUUAUUCAUCGGGAUUUAUAACCAAACAAUAUUCUAAUUACUAAUAAUGAACCAGUCCUUAUCGAUUUCGGAUUAUCAAGAGUUCUCUCUCCUAAUAUGACUCCAGGAGUAACUUAAUUAUGGUAUCGUGCCCCAGAAUUAUUAUCAAAUUGCAAUACCUACGAUUAUGCAAUCGACAUGUGGUCUCUUGGGUGUAUUAUAGCAGAAAUUGCACUUAAUAAACCCUUGUUCAUGGGAUCCUCUGAAAUCCAUCAGCUCUUACUAAUCAAAAAUAUUAUAAACGGAAAUGAAUGGUUUUUACACAAUUCCCAAUUUGCCAAACUCAAUAAUUUGUUUAUUGAUUUAAUCAAUAAAUUAUUAUAAGUUGAUCCAUCAAAACGGAUAACAAGUAAAUAGGCCUUGUAACAUCCUUUCUUUUUGGAUUAAUUUGCAUUUAUUUACAACAAAGAAUGA